AUGGAUGUCAGUGCAAUCAACGAAGAAGCUCGAGAGAUUGAUGAUGAGCAAAAGGUUCCUCUUCUCCAAGAUAUACCACCUUCUACAGUAGACAGAAAUCCAAUACAGCAAGCCAUCAGCCAGACAUUUCAGAGCACGGCUCACUUGGCCAAUUUACUACCAACUGGAACAGUUAUGGCCUUCCAGCUUCUCGCACCGGUUUUCACAAACCAAGGUGAAUGUGACCCGGUCAGCAGAACGAUUACUUCCAUCCUAAUUGCUUUUUGUGGGUUGUCAUCUUUCCUACUAAGCUUCACUGACUGCUUCAAGGACAACGAUGGGAAUAUCUACUACGGGUUCGCCACUUUCAACGGUCUGUGGGUCAUAGAUGGGUCAACAACAAUUCCAUCCCAACUUGCUGCUAAGUACCGUCUCCGGUUCAUAGAUUUUCUACAUGCUUUCAUGUCAGUAUUCGUUUUUGCAGCAAUUGCCUUAUUUGAUAAGAACACGGUUCAAUGCUUCUAUCCAACGCCAUCAAAAGAGACCCAGGAGAUUCUUACAGCACUACCUGUUGGAAUAGGAGUCCUUUGCAGUAUGCUGUUUGUAGCAUUCCCUACACAUCGCCAUGGGAUUGGUUUCCCCCUAACUGCAAAUUGAUAAAUUGGUUUGCCGUGACUAAUAUUCCAAAUUGUAUAUUUCCAUUACACGCAUUCUAUUGUAUAUAGCUCCACCUGCUUCUCUUUCUCCAUUCACCUUGUAUGAUGCUCUAAUAAGAUCAGUUCAUCUUA